CCGCCGGAGAAAAUUCUCGUCUGACCAUGGCUAGAUUCUCUCACUGGUAGGGACUGGAGUCUAGGAAGGACGCUGUGAUCCAAGGGAAAAAUAUGAGAGGUCUGUAAUUCCCAUACAGCUGCUCACCAAGUCACCUGUAGGAAAAUUCGUACAGGCAUAAUAGUGGGACAACCCAGGCGUCCCUAGAGUCAGCGAGGACCCUGCCAGCAGGUCUGGGGGCGGGACCUGAACCAGUCUCACCGGCCGCCAGUCCUUUCGGGGUUUUGCCGCUUCUCCACGGUCUACUUCAGGUCCCUGCCACCCCACUGUAUCCAGCAUGCCUGGUCCGAACCCCAGUGGCACUAAUGUGGGCGCAUCAGGGCGCUCUCCCAGCAAAGCAGUGGCCGCCCGGGCGGCAGGAUCCACGGUCCGGCAGAGGAAAAAUGCCAGCUGCGGAACAAGGAGUGCAGGCCGCACGACCUCAGCAGGCACCGGGGGGAUGUGGCGAUUCUACACAGAAGAUUCACCUGGGCUCAAAGUUGGCCCUGUUCCAGUAUUGGUUAUGAGUCUUCUGUUCAUCGCUUCUGUAUUUAUGUUGCACAUUUGGGGCAAGUACACUCGUUCAUAGAUUCGGCUACAUCCAUCUGCCUGUCAUCUGAAGAAGAAAGGAAAAAAACCCAACUUAUCUUGGACCAAAAGCAUAGUGAUUUUCUGUUCAUGAGAAAGAAAUUUUCUGUAAGCUCACUGUUUUACAGGGAACCUAAUGAGGUAUUUUAAGGAAUCAUUUUUUUUUUCUAUGGCUAAUAAACUUUUUAAUUCAUUUAUA